AUUCCCCCGAGAGCUGCGAAUUCAAACUUUCAAUCAUAUGGUUAACGCGCGAUCGACCAGUCGAUUCAGUGUGUUCGACUUCAGCGAGGAGGACGAGUUGCCGGAGCAGGCGUCCAAGAUGUUGAUCGGCAGAGUCCGUAACCGUAAGCGACCCAAGCGUGUCGCUUCUCCGAUCACCAAAUACAAGUUUCUGGAGUGCUUUAUGGGACGUAAGGGGUCUGCUGAUGUUGCUGAUAAGGGGAGUCUUCAAAACAAAAACCAUGCUGACCCUAUCAAUGUCGAUGAUGACCCUGUCAGUACUUGUUCUGAAGGUAAAGGGACUCUGUGGGACGUAUUCUCUUAUCUCAAAUCAUAUGUCAAAAUUCAGUUUUCCUUUACAGUUAGAGAUGGUGUCAAUGCUCUAUCUAUGCAUCUGGAUUUCUCUGCUGGAGCAACAGGUAUUGGUGUUAGAGAUCCAGGCUAUCAUCAGGUGUCUGUUGUUUCAUGCCUGCCACAGAGAGAUGGUCCUGCAAAAGGGAGAGCACCUUUUUCAGAAUGCACUGAGUUGUCAAGUGAUUCAGACAAUGAGAGAAAUGAAGCUGCUACGAGUUUUGAUGAUGACUAUCCAAUUGAAAUGAGCCGGCCACUAGCUUCUGUUUCUACUUCAACGGAGAAGGAAGAUCCAUUGGAGAAGCAAGCUGCAGCGCUCGGUUCUGUUGGACACAAAAUUAAAAAAGACGAAGAUGGUUCAUUUGGGCACAUCUGCUGGUCCACCUCUCAAUUACUUGCGUCGAGUCUUGAGCUUGAUGGGAAUCAUAAAGAGGUCGUUUAUCCAAAAGACGAUCCUGAUGCUGUUCUAAUUACUACACGAGACUUGGAGCUUCUGCAGCCUGCAACUUUUAUCAAUGACACUAUUAUUGACUUCUAUGUUAAGUACUUAGUGAAGACUAAAAUUCAACCUGAAGACCAUAACCGGUUCCACUUCUUCAAUAGCUUUUACUUCCGGAAGCUUGCUGAUCUAGACAAAGACAUGACUAGCGUAGGUGAAGGCAGGGCAGCAUUUCAACGUGUUCAUAAGUGGACAAAGAAAGUUACUCUCUUUGAGAAGGAAUACAUUUUCAUACCUGUAAACUAUAGCCUCCACUGGAGUUUGAUCGUGAUCUGUCAUCCGGAUGAUGUAAAGGAGAGGUCAGUCAAGCUACCAUGCAUUUUGCACAUGGACUCUAUCCAAGGAAGUCAUAGGGGCCUCAAGAAUCUCUUCCAGAGCUACUUGCUGGAGGAGUGGAAAGCGAGGCAUCAGGAUAUAGUGGAUGAUGUAUCUUCCAAGUUCUUAAAUAUGAGUUUUAUCGAACUUGAGCUGCCACAGCAAGCCAAUUCAUUUGACUGUGGCCUGUUCUUGCUCCAUUAUUUGGAACUUUUUAUUGAGGAUGUUCCUGCAAACUUCAACCCCUUCGACCUUUCGAAGUUCUCAAAUUUUCUGAAGAAAAAUUGGUUUCCACCAGAUGAAGCAUCAUUGAAACGGAUACGUAUCCAGAAGCUAAUCUCUGGAGUUCUUUUGCAUCACCCUGAGGGAACUCCAUUGGUGGACUACAUGAAGAAGUAUCCAUCUUCCCAAAUUUGCAGUAAUUCACGUGAGAAAGUAAUUGAGGUGGCGAUUCUUCAGGAGCAAUGCAGUUCACCGAAAACAUGUCCAAUUUCUGCAUCAAGAUCUAAUAUUGAACCUCGGAUUGGGCAUUCACCCCCAGCCACAUCCCACAGCGCUUUCCAUGACCGGAUGGGAGAAGCAGGGAUGGACUUUUUGGAGUUGUCUAUAGCAUACACGAAUUCAAAGUCAUUACUAUAUGACAAAAUACACCAGCAAAAACAGACCCAUCAAUCAACCAACCUGUCACCGAUGAAGGAAGUUGAAGAAGUCUGCGACUCGUUUUCUGGAUCAGAAGACAAGUUGGGAAAUGGUGGAUCUCCGGGCACGCCUUCUUUCAUCAUCAGAGAGUUUACAUUAUCUCCAGAAGCACCUAGGAAACAAAAACAUGUGCAGGCAGAUGAACUUUCCAACGACUGCAGUUCUGGUUCCCAGAAAUCUUCAGAGAUUGGGGUGGAUGAGCUUGGUGCUUAUGUUAUUGAAGAUUCGGAAAAUAGAAACUCUUUGCAGGAUGGUGAAGAAUUUUGCUCUGAGACCAGAAAGGAAGUGGACGAGGGGCUUCAGACCUAUGUUAUUGAAGACUCUGAAGAUAGAAACUCAUUGCAGGACCGAGAAGUGGUAGAGGACUCCAUCUCCUCCGUCCAUGAUGGUGGCAGUGUAGCUGCCCCAUUGUGUGACCAUUCCACAGAUAAUGGUGAUGUCAGUUCACGUAUCUGAGAUAACAACGGAUGCCAUUGAGUAGCCUUGAGGCAUUUUAUGUUUCAGUAUCUCUGUGAAUAUUAUUAGGGCAGCGAUUGCUUCGUGUAUGCGAAACUGACAAUACUGCAUUUGGAAAGGCUUCAUGGUAAGAGUAGAAUAGAAGAUGUAUAAAAUUAGAGAAAAAAUAUGAGAAAUGUUUUGGCCCAAAGUAGAGGCAGGCACAACAACAGUGUUUUGUCCAAUUGUUGGUUGUUACAGGGAUCCAAUAUAUGGUUCAAAAGUAGAGGCACACAGUUGUUUGCGUUCAAUCAUCCUCUUUUUCCUUGGACGAAGUUGCGUUUGGCUUCUGAGAAAAUUUCUUCCACCUCUGCUUGUUCUUUUCCACCGCAUUUGUGUUUUGUGAAAACCUCGUGAGUCCUUCCCUCAGUGCUCCAAGAUUCACCCCGUUCCCCACUAGAAUGCUUGUUACUCCCAUUUUUGAGACCGUAUUAAUAUUCCUAUCCUCAUCGUCGAAGAAUAGCAUUGAGUUGAACGGUACACUAGUCCUCGAAUUGAUCUUCUGGAAAUGUUCUGUUUUGUGUGUCCAGCUGGAAAAGAUUUCCUGGGUAAACAGAGACAUGCAUUCGUUCAAAAUAAUGAAGCACAACAGUAGCAAGUAGACCUUUCUGAUGGGUUAACUCAUACAAAGGACAACCAGCAGCAGCAGCUACCCUUUUGUAAGAAGAAAUAUAACACUUGUAUCUGUAGGCCACUGAAUCAUUUGCCGAGGGGAGUUGGAUUCCCUACAGACAGCAUGUGCAGUAGAGGACAAUUACUCCAUAAAAAUUGUUGUGCUGAAAGGCAGCUCUUAGAAUAUUCUCUAGUAAGCGAGCGACGAUGCUACAAUUACAAUUACAAACACAAAAUAAUACUACUUCCACUAGUCUAGAUGCCUUCACGGAUAUCACCAUGCUAUAGCCCUGAAAUGAGGGUUCUCUUAUUGGCAGCAACUGACUAUCAAGAGAAGGGGCAAAACUAUCCAUACAUAGUGCACUUCUUGAAGGCCCCUCCUUUCGUGUUCCAUUACGGACCCACAAAUUAAGAACCCAGGAGACACAAAUCUAUCAAGCACUCAAAGAUGUAAACAAAAUUAAACGAGAACCGGAAGGUGGAAUGCAACCCCUACCCCUAUAGAACAAAACCCAGAAAAAGGAGGAUGUGACGUUGAUUUUUAUCACCUGCGCUACAAACAUGGACUUGAUGUUGAGUUUGUCAAGAAACGUGGUGGCAAUAUCAGGGGUUGGUGACCUGGAUGCAAUAGCCAUAUCAACCCCCUUGUCCUUCAGGGCGUACAAUAUGCCUUUGGCGUGAGGAUACAAAGAUGGCAUUUCCCUUUUGGAGCGACAUUCACUGCAUAAAUGAGAAGCACGGCGAUAAGGCGGCAAUGGAGGGAUUAUGCAUACCGCCAUAUCAUCUGAAACAUCCCAAUUAUCUGCAUCGCCUCACUUUUCACCUUCUCGUCUGCCAUCCUUUCACCUCGCUCGAAUUUUUUUUUUUUUUUUUUUUUGUGGUUGGCUAAAAAACUUGAGUUCCGAGUUCCGACUGGAAUGCAAAGGAAGAGAUUAUUGGACAAUCAAUAGUUCCCCUAAGACCCUAAUUAUCAAGGGGUGACUUGGCAGUUGGCACCAGGGUUCUGAAAACCGAUUAUUGGGCAGCUGAACGAAUUUGGGUGGUCGGCAUCCAUUCUCAUGCGACUCCGCU